AAAAUCCCAUCAGUCAAAAUUACAAUCCUUUUCACUGAAACUCCUGAAAGAGGCCUUGAUGAAUCAUCACCAACCAAGUACCAGUGGGAAUCUCCAUUCUCAAGAAAUUUGCAACUAAAUGAAAGUCUCUGGUCUAAACACCACCUGUUUGGCAGACUGCCUAAACCACAUUUCUCCAAUAUUGUGACUGAUGUCUACGUAGACAUUUUCCCACCACCCUGA